AUGGAGCAGCUUCUUGGCGAAUACAAAUACAGUGUUGGGGAUAAUUCAAUGGCAACGACUAUCUGGAACGCAAUCAUGGAGCAAGAUAUUAGAUGCAGUGAAAUGCACUUCGAAAGAUGCUGCGGCAUGAACGGUAGAGCGGAUUUUGUCAACAUGGGAAUGCGGCCGCCUUACGAAUGUUAUUGUACACCUGGAACAGGAUGCAGGGACAAACUUGUUGCAUGCAGUGAAGGAUAUUCGAAGUACUUACUGUGUGUUUCAUUUACUGCACUUCUUGUACAAAACCGUGUCAGUACCUUGCCGAUCACCUACGCCUUUCUGUCCAUUGUGGAUGCAACCACCAUCAAUUCCGUUGUUGAUAAAUUGAGAGUAGGGCAGUGCACAGGAUUUGGUGUUUGCCUCGCCUUCAGGGGCUUCAUGCAACGCAACGCGUUGGGAGGGGACUGCGUCCACAAAACUACCUCAGUCACUCACUCCGUAGAGUCAACUCCAAUGGGGGACAUCGCAUCGCCUAUUCCACGGUGCAGACUCCUUAAUGAAGUAUCACCAUUACUCCUGGAGGAGACACUUGUGUGUGAGUCGCAUCAGAAGACGCCACUGCCUCUAAAAAUAGACCACAUUAUCACUGCCAGCAUCACAGGUGCGACUUUACUGUGUGAGAAUGACUCGUGCCAUCGGCACCAUCGCCUUCGGCAGAUUGUGCAAGCACUCUCACCUCGUACAGCUAAAUUCAUUCACCUCGUGCAGCUUGGCAAAUCUCUUCCUGUCGACAAGAGAAUGCUUACGGCACUGCAUCACCGGCUGACCAACAAUUCUGCCUCCUUCACUCGACCAGCAAGCCAUAACCCGAUACAAGGAGGACAGGUGUUGUGGAUGACUCAAUCUGCAAGCAAUUCCAGUCAGGCGCUCCUACGCUUGAGUGUGCAUCGCUUCCACGUCAUUUUCUUCUCACACCUGCCUCCGCUUCCUUCGCCUCCACUGCCACAUCACACUCACAUCCGCCAUCUGAGUUCCAAAGGACAGUUGCAUCUUGUGCGCCUUGCUCAUUCUCUGCAACGUUCGCAUCAUUCCACAACCAGCACACCAAUGCAGCCAUUCUUUGACUCCUCAACCCAUUCACACACUACGACUGCAGGAGAGACCUUCGCCACCGCAUGCAGUGCACGCCUCCCCAGAAGGAGCAGGUUGUGCCCUCGCAACACGCGCACACGUUCACCACGCAACUGCCAGUGUUCCACACAACGCCACUCGUCUCCCUCAUCUGUGCAGUUGACAUUCCACUUGGCAGCCACACACACACACACACAGACACUGCAGAGGGACAAACCUGAAGCCGAUUUCUCCGAGGGAGGCACUCAUUGGAGAGGCGAAAUUGGCUCCUCCCCACAUCUACAUUCUCCUCGCACAGAGCUCAACAGCACAACUCGCAGCUGUGACCAACAAGUGGCUUUGGCGUGGCAGUUGCAUGACCUCCAUUUUACUGAAGGUGGUACGGCUUGUCUGCACCGCCAACAGGUGCCGAGCACGAGAAUGAGCUCCUCAUCAGGUGUUCCAAAGCCGAGCAAAAUCACGGCUCCUACAAACCGUCGCAUUACAAACUCCCCGCUUCGGCAUCAUAACGCAUUUCCAUUUUCAGUCAUGUGCAUAUACUACUCGCCCCGUCCUCCUUUCAGCUUUCCUGUGAUCGUAGAAACUAAAACCACGGCUUCCUUUGCCAAAAUCAGUUCCACAUCGAGUUACGGUUUGGUAAAUGCUACCCGGAGGAUGGAUGAGUUGAAGGGCGCACCAGCUUUGAGCACAACAACCAUCGGCAAUUCCAUUGCCAUUUCACGUCGUCAGCAUCAAGGAACAGGUCAGGCCUCUCUCAUGACGCCCAGCCUGCGGUGCAGACUCUUCUACAUCCAGACAUUACAGGCAAUUGACAGGUCCUUCAUCGAGCAAUGGACGCUAGCGUAA